CAACGCGCCUGGUUUAAAGGUGGCGUUGCACUUUUCGGCGUGUGUAUCGGAUACACGUAUUACAAUGACUUGUGAGUGGGCUGUUGUUUCCACGGCUUUACAGGAAGAAAAACGUGAACUCGUAGUUUCUGGAAAAGAAGUUUCUGAGAUGAUCAACAAGUCGGGACUUGACCAAAGGAUUUAUGAUUUGAAGAAGCUGAAUUUUCUGGAAAUUUCGCGUACUUCUCUGGAAUCUUUAUCUGAAAAUAUAUCCAAACUCUCAAACCUUGCUCAACUGUGUCUCACAGCCAACAUGUUGAAAGCUGUUCCCGCUAGCCUGGGAUGUCUGCAUGCUUUACGCUUCUUAGACAUAUCUUUUAACAAGCUUUCAACUAUUCCUGACAUUUUUGAUAAUUUGUCGAACCUAUUUAGUCUCAUUUUGUCUGGUAAUGAAAUACAAAAUAUACCAUCUGUCAAGGGGUUAAAGUCGCUGCAUGAGUUCUUAGCCUCCAAGAAUAAGCUAAAUUCACUACCCGAGGGAAUAGACUCGCUCACUAGCCUGGCAGUUUUGGAUGUUUCAUAUAAUCAAAUCACUCUUUUACCCAAAGAUCUAUGUAAUCUAGCUGCCUUGAAAACUGCAAACUUUGCUGAAAACUUGUUGACUGACUUCCCAUCGAAUAUUCAUCGCUGUCGGAAACUAAAUCUUCUUAAAAUCCAUGGAAACCCUUUCAAAGAUAAUCGUUUGAAGAGAUUGUCUGUUGAUGAUCAUUCACCAACUGCUCUUUUAGCUUAUCUUCGUCGUCUGGAUGAAAGUGGAGAAGGAGGAGGAGGAGGAGGAAAAGCUAAGAAAUAUCAUGAUAAACAGUCAUCGUCUAAAGUUUCAAACGGGUGUGACAACAAGAAUCUUCCUAGUCCUCAGGUGGAAGAAGUUGAAGAAAUUACGGUGUCACAUAUUGUCAUUCAACGCCCAGACGAAGAGGAGCAAUAUCAAAUUAAUCAAACUUAUUCAGUGAAGUCUGGUCCUCGUCCAUACAUAGUUGCUUGCACUAUUCAUGGUGUUCAGUUUUCCUCUGAAGCAAAAUUGAAGACAUUUCUACGUGCUCAAGAAGACUGGCAUCGUGAUAUUGGCCAAAUGCGCCGUCGAGCCACUUUAGCUACCCAUGAUUUGCAAGGAGUCGUCUUUCCACUUACGUAUAGCCUGGAAGAAGCUCAAGCAUUUGAAGUUAGUUUCCUGGGUUCCUGUUACUUUUUCCGAAUUCCUCAGUGUAUAAAAAGUUCAUCCAUUAAAUAGAUCUCAAUUGUGUACAGGAGAAGCAUUUCUAAAACACCUGGUUCAUGAGGCUCAGUUAGAUAGAAAAUCCCGUAAACAAGCUAAAUUCAGUCAAAUCUAUCGUUAUUUAAAUAUUCUGAAUAUUGAGGGUGCGAUGACAGCGAAUGUGUUCAGUAAGGUGAUGGUUCCUGUUGUUGUAGACAAAAAAGGGAAAGUUAUCUCAGUCCCUCCACUUACGAACAGUCAUGAUACACGGCUGAAAGUUGAUACACAGGAUAUCCUCAUUGAAGUGACUGGUGUUAAUUUACCUUUAUGCAGACAGUUCGCAGAGGUGGUCAUCGCUUGGUUACUGGAAAAUGCUUGUCCCCAGUCAAAGGACAAUUCCUCUUUUGAUAAGAAUAUUGUGGACAUCGCAGCACAACAAUCCCAGCUAGUAAAUGAAAUCAGUUCAAAAGUAACUGUGAAAAGUGUUACUAUCCCUCCUAAUUCUGUAGUUGUACGCCCGAUUCGAGUCAUAGGCGUUGAUCCUGAUUCUAACCUAAGCUUCUUAUUUCCAUCUCGAACUGAUUUAACUGAUCCAAAGUUUCAUACUGUUCGUUAAACGGUAUUACCUUAUUAUCAACUGCUUUAACAUAUGUCCUAACAGAAUUGUUUGAUUUCUUAAAAUCUCCUGCCUCCGUUUUAUCAAUGUCAUCCUCCAUAUCACGAUGCAGAUUUAUGCUUUACUUAAAGAUAAAGGCGUAUUGUAAUCUGUAUAAGUGUUUAUCAUUCAUUUUGUAAUAUCUUCCACUUUAUUUUCAAUAAGCGAGGGCGAUUACAUUUAAACGAAAUAAGGAGACAGGAAAAUCAUUGUAUAUUUACUUUUGUAGUAAGAACAGUAAUAAAUGAGGUAUAUAUGAGUGGAGAUUUUCAUAUUUUUAUUCAUUAAUUCAACUGUUGUAUUACCACACCAACUGACCGACUCAAUUACUCAGUAUUAUCAUACGAUUCAGUAAGAGUCUAGAAAAUUUUUCGUCUGUUUGGAAGCGAAUGCAAAUGUAUCGAUCGAGGUUAUAUUUUCGAUGUGGGGGCAUAUUUUUCACUAUUUUCCAAUCUUUAUCAAACGUUAUUGGUUGAAUAAAUGUGGUAAAGGAUAUAACAACAAUUUUUUAAAGGGGAUAGUAUUUUUUCAUAAGAA